AUGUGGGUUGAGGACUGCAAACUUUUGCCCAUUGAAAUCCAGGAGCCAUCUCUCGAACCACGUUUGCAGUCUGCGCAGGUUAUUCUGCAGAGCUUCCCGGUCGCUCGUACCCUUAAUGACUUGCCAGAGCUUAACGUCAUUGGCCAGCAUGAUCUUACCACAGUCCAUUUCCUGAAGGCUCUCAUUACCGGGAGGCGGUCCUCUUGUGUUCAAGUUGCAGGAUGGCAUGCGCGUCUGUGA